CAUUUUUCUAAUUCAAACCAUCUAAACAUUCAAACCUCAAAAUAGCAAAAAUUUCAAGGCAACACAAAGAGAAAAGAGUCCUCAUAUCAACUCCUCCAAUUCCUCAACCCACAAAAAUAUUCCCACAAAAUCAAAAACACCACAAACCCAUCUUUUCUUACUGACAUCAAUCAACAAACAACAAACAAAAAUGGGGAAAGAUUUGAGUGAUGAACAAGUAAGUUCAAUGAGAGAAGCAUUUACUCUCUUUGACACAGACAAUGAUGGCAAAAUUGCACCUUCAGAAUUAGGAAUUCUGAUGCGUUCUUUGGGUGGGAAUCCAACACAAGCUCAACUCAAAGAAAUUGUAUCCCAAGAAAACCUAAAUUCCCCUUUUGAUUUCAACAGGUUUUUAGAUCUCAUGUCAAAACACUUAAAGCCUGAACCUUUUGAUCGUCAAUUGAGAGAUGCAUUCAAAGUUCUUGAUAAAGAAAAUACUGGAUUUGUUGCAGUUUCUGAUCUGAGGCAUAUUCUUACAAAUAUUGGUGAAAAGCUUGAACCUGCUGAAUUUGAUGAAUGGAUUCGUGAAAUUGAGGUUGGAUCUGAUGGGAGAAUUAAGUAUGAUGAUUUUAUUGCUAGGAUGGUUGCCAAGUGAUGAUUUUUGCAACUGGGUGACCUACUAAGCUUUGGUUUUUGUUCCGCGGAAAGACGUGACAAGCAUAAUAUAACGCUUGCCUUGUGUGGUUCGUCCUUGUUCUCAGUUUAGUAAUGUGCAACCUUUACCCGACUCUUCUAAACAGUUAAUUAUUUCAUUUUACCUUCGUUCUAUUUUUUAAGGUUUGUUUUUGGCUGACAAAUUGUGCUCGUGUUUGAAGAAAUCGAUAUUUGUGUCAAGUUAUCAUUUGACGAUGUGUUUUUUAGCCCUUUAGUUGUCGCUUGUGUAGCCUACUUGUGUAAGCCGAAAAACAUUUGGAUGUGAAACAUUGUUGGAUUAUCAUGAGCUCGUCUAAUGAUUCAAUGGCUUAAAGCCCGGACUUAUGCUUGUGUUGCUAA